AAGAAAGAAAACAGUGACAAAGGUUCUCAAGACUCCAUGAUUAUUCAAAUUCUCUCCAACACAGGACUUGAGGGUUCCCCUACUUAACCCAAAGUAAGAGGACCUCUCAAAGGUUCUACAGAGACUUUGUUUGGAAGCUUAAAAAACACACACACAAAGAAAAAGGAAAGGUGAAGAAAGAGUGAAGGAAAGUUUCUCAUCAGGAUUAUAGGGAUGAAUAGAGGUGUUUUACAAAGCUCACCGGUGCAACAAAUGAUGGCCGGAAACCCUAACUGUUGGAAUAUUAAUAACAUGCGUCCACCAACACAACCAUCUUCUCCUUUCUUGCCUAGUCCAAUUUUUUUUCCUCAAUAUGCACCCACUUCUUCUUCUUCUUCUUCUUCAAUUCCCUCUUGGCAUGAUAGCCAGGAGCUUCCUGAGUCUUGGAGCCAACUACUCUUGGGUGGAUUGGUGGGAGAAGAAGAUAAGGAUGGUAUGAGCCAGUUUCAAGCUGCUAAGAAGUUGGAGAAUUGGGGGGAACAAUUAUACAGUCAGGCUGCAAAUGCUUCUGUUGUUAAUAUCAAGCAAGAAAACUCAGUAAGCAACUAUGUGUAUGGGCAUGGAAGUGAGGAUUUUCAGGCAGCAAAAGCUACUUGGUCUCAAGUAAUGCCUGCUUCAUCUCCAAACUCAUCUUGUGUGACAAGUUUCAACAAUAACAUGUUGGAUUUCUCUAGUAUUAAGGUAGAUGGAAGGCACCCACCACCCGAUCCAUCUUCUGAGUGUAACAGCAUUGCAAAUGGUGGGGCACUUAAGAAAGCUAGGGUUCAGCCUUCUUCAACCCAACCUACCUUCAAGACCACACCCGCAGGCUACACAUCCCCGACAGACACAUACGAACAUCCAUGGGUGAGGAAGGAGAAAUUAGGUGACAGAAUUACAGCCCUCCACCAGCUUGUAUCUCCAUUUGGAAAGACUGACACAGCCUCUGUCUUGUUAGAAGCUAUUGGAUACAUCAGAUUCCUUCAGAGUCAAAUUGAGGCCCUAAGCUUACCUUACUUGGGCAGUGGAUCAGGAAACAUGAGGCAGCAACAACAGUCUGUUCAAGGAGAAAGGAAUUGUUUAUUUCCUGAAGACCCUGGUCAGCUGCUGAAUGAGAACUGUAUUAAGAGGAAAGGUGGCCCUGAGCAGGAUUCUCAUGAAGAACCAAAGAAAGACCUGAGGAGUAGAGGGUUGUGUCUGGUUCCAGUGUCAUGUACACUGCAAGUUGGGAGUGACAAUGGAGCUGACUAUUGGGCUCCAGCUCUCGGAGGGGGCUUCCGAUAGAUGGGAAUUUAAUUUGGUAGCAUAUACAGCACAAUAAGAGCUUCACAGAAACGAUAUAACAUCAUGAGCAGUCACUCUGCUAAAAAUCUAAGGCUGAUUGCUCAUGAUGCUAUACAAUCUUGAAUUCAUACAUGUGUGCUGUACAUGUGGCUAGCAUUUGUGAGCCCUUAAGACUAAUUAAUUUAUGUCAAUUAAGCUUUAUCUAUCUUCAUCCUAAAGCUGCUGCUACAAUGCUUUACUUGUAUAUGCAGUGUUAGUAUGAUUGAUCAUCUUAAAUGUUGCUUAGAAAGUAGCAUUCAUCUAA